UUGGUUAACUUUUCUGGGUUUUGCUAUCAUUGGUUAGCGCCGUCUGUGGACAGGAUCCAACUUGAGGCUAUAAAAACCCAAGUAAUUGACUAGUUUGCAUAUUUCGCAAUAUUUUUGCAGUUGUUUGUAAAGAUACAAAUCAUCUGAAGAUGUCUGGCCGCGGAAAAGGUAAGGGCAAGAAGGGCAAGGGAAAGAGCCGUUCAUCCCGUGCAGGGCUUCAGUUCCCUGUCGGCCGUGUGCACCGUUUCCUGCGCAAGGGCAAUUAUUCCGAACGCGUUGGUGCCGGCGCCCCAGUCUACAUGGCCGCCGUGCUGGAGUACCUGACCGCUGAGGUGCUCGAGUUGGCCGGCAACGCUGCCCGUGACAACAAGAAGACCAGGAUCAUCCCCCGUCACCUUCAGCUGGCCGUCCGCAACGACGAGGAGCUGAACAGGCUGAUGGGCGGUGUGACCAUCGCUCAGGGAGGUGUGCUGCCCAACAUCCACGCCGUGCUCCUACCCAAGAAGAAGUAAACGUGAACAGCAAAUACCACCGGCCCUUUUCAGGGCCACCCACAUCUAACAAAAGGAUCUUAUCGUAACUUUGAAUCUUGCGUCAUGCUAUUCAUUUGUGGUUGACGGAAAGAAUAGCUUUAUAUGCUAUUGUCUGACAAAGUAUCGAAAUCCAAUAUAACGUUGUGCGUGUACCAGCCCGGCAUUGCCAUUGUACAUACCGUGAAAUUUACAUACGCAGAAGGACCACAGUCGUGUCAAACUCCUUGUGUAUACUUUUAGGCUAAUGCCGUUGGGGACCGGGCGUUAGGAGGAUGGAAAUUGAAUGCAAUCCAAGCUGUUAUACAUGUUCGUAGAAAAUGCAGAUUUGCUUACAGUCGCUAGGGGACAGCUGUGCGAGUGGUACAUUAAACCAUUUGUUUCCGGGUCACGGUUUUGCAGAAAAUGUUUCUAUCCCGGUGAAGUGAAGCUGUA